GCCUCGUAACCAAUCGUGAGCACGGUUUUCUUUUCAGUGAGUUUCAUACAUUCUUUUUUCUUUUUAUAAAAGAUAAUUUGCUUUUGAUCUCGUGCUAUACACUUAUUCAAUAACCCACCAACUCACUUAUUCUUUCUGUUUCUCUCUCUCAUACAUGCACGCACGCACGAGCCUCUCAGCAUCCAAUCAGACACCAAGAUGUCUUUCAAGAUGAGGGUCUCACAGCGUCCACCCAGUAUCUUCAAGGUCUUACAAACUGCUCCUCAUCCGUCUCUCCCACACCACAAGCUAAAUGUUAUUUUCCCCAGCGCCAGGUAAGGUUUAUAAAUCACAUUUCCUGUCGUUGACCCAUCACACGUGACCCGCUCUUCCUGACGGUCGCCAUGACAGCCGCACGUUGUGGUCUCCCCUUCAUCACCAAGUGUCCCCCUCCUCCCUCUGAGAGUUAAUGACAGGAAUACGAGGUUGGAACAAGCUCCACCCUUCACUCAGACCAGGAAGUUUAUUUACUCUCCGACAACUUGCUCACGGGAGCUAAAUUUAUCUCCCCUUUAACCUUAUCUCGUCAUCGUGAGGUCAGCAAGGGUCAUGCCUACAAUACAGGCAGUCGGCAUAUAAAAUGAUACCAAAUCAGUGGACGAUAAACACUUAAUCGCAAACUGGACAUAAACCAAAGUUGUAGUUUUUGUUUUUCAUGAGGGUGUCACAUGGUUCACAUCGGGUAGGAGGAAAAACUCUUUAUCUUUAUCUCCAGAGAGCGAGAUUCAACCUCUGUUCGACUUGUGCAAAUCAUCUCAUUGCCAGUGGGUUUAUCCCAUGAAUCUGUUGGUUGUUUUUUUUUUUUUUUUUUUUUUUUCUCUGAAGUAAACAUGUGUGUGUCCGCUGUUCCUACGCCACGACUUCAGUUGACGACAAUAAACUUCCGCGUGUGACGGGAUCCCCAGAAACUUCUCGACUACCCACAGUGCCCCGCGCAUGCCUUCGAUGAAAUGGGAAAUAAGAUAUGAAGGACCUGGUGCGACUAUAAACGACUAAACUUUUCUGUUCUGUCCUUGAACAGAUCGUGCAAGGCUGAGGACUGUGUGUAGGGCUGCACCCUGCUCAUGCGCGACAGGAAGAAGCCAACAAGUGUUUGAAUCUUGAGAUCCGGUGUUGUAAACAUUUCCUUCUGUACAGUGGCAUGGGGCGCACACCCGUGUACCCGUUCAAACAAGCUGUAUAGUACUAUCAGCUAAAGCUGUACAAUGCUGGUAUUCCCAAGAUAGCUGACGGUUGUCUCUCCGGUGGUUGGACGUUGGAGACAAAGCAGGAACAACAUCAUGGCGGUCGAAAGGCGAUGGUCAGGAACGUUAACUUUAGGAAAAGUGGUUUCCAGCGGUUGUCUGCCGACGCUGGUUCGUCUGGAGGAAGGUUAUCGUGGUCCUCGGGAAUCCUUGUCCUUGUCCAGCGGGGACAUCAUGGCCUUGCAGAGCUGUGUGACCGCCAGCCGUAAGAAAGUGGUUCUUACUUAUUACAUGGAAGACAACGACAUCGACGACUGGAAUCCUGACAACACCAGCGAGGACUACCGGAAGCUGAUCGUGCUGCCAUUGCACAACAAGUGCAUCUCUAGACUCGAGGUCUGUCAGCUGUACGACCCCGACCGUGACCUCUACCGUCGCUACGUCAACAGCCGGUUCCGGGAGUGGAGCUGGAUUGACCGAGAGGACGACCUCAAGCAAGCCUUGGAAAAGUCGAAUUGUUGCGACGACAUCAGCGUGUACACAGACGUCAACGAGGUCCUCAGAAGGAGAUCAACUCAGGAGGAAGUCAUUCAGUCACCUGCGCCCCAUCCAGAUAGUCCAAAAGAAAGGAAGAAGACGCCUCCUCCUCCACCUCCACGUCGUCCAUCGUGCCGCGAGCCGAUGCAGACCCUCCCACCACCCGUCUUGCCACCCCGAGUUCUUCCACGGGGAGGAAACUCGAUGCAUUUAACCGAGAGCAUCUACGAGAUUUCUGACGAGGACUUCGCUAACUCUCAACCAAUUCUUGGGAGAUCACCACGAACAGAUGUGACAUCGGUUGUGCCCUUGUCGACCAAUGCACCUCCUAUCAAGCCCAGGACGAGGACGACGAGAAGCCAGAAGGACUACCUUGUCCCAUGUUAUCUUCCGCACCAGCGGGUGGCAUCACCUGCGCGCGUCACCCCGUCCCCCGAGUACACCGACGUUGACGUCGUUGAGAUGGACAAGGAUCGGAGGAAGCAAGCGAAAGCUCGCAGUCCCACUAGUCCAACACCUCUCCAGCCACCCCGGUCACCGGCACAGUCACGGGCCCACCCAGGCUCCAAGCCCGUUGGCCGUGUUCAGCCCAGCGUCAUACCCAUCUCCCACCCCGAUCAAAAUAAACAACCAAUCAUUCCGCCGCAUCCAGAUGUCAGUUCGAAACCAGAACAGGGGCUCCCGGAGAUCAAGCGGGACAUGACUGAAAUGACCAUCAGACAGUUGUGCUCAGUUCUGGACAAAUGCGGAAUGACGAGGCUGGCGGAAGUGUGUCAAGACCAACGCCUGGACGGUAACUACCUGAGCUCCCUGUCCGACUCCAGCCUGUCCAAUGAUCCUUUCUCUCUCUCCCUCUUUGAGCUGGACAAGCUUCGUCGGAUCAAGCUUGGCUGGAGGCCAAAUCUUGGAUGACUUACUGUUCCUGGAAUCGCAUACUUCGAUGACGCUUUGUUGUGAUGAUUUGAGACACGUGACUAGUGAGGUUGGGCAGCAGAGCAUGAGAAAGAGAAAUAGGGAAAAGGUGGAAGAGAGGGAGGACAGGGGAAGAAAAAAGAAAAUAUGUGUAUGUGUGGAACACAUAUGAAGGUUCACUGUGAAAGUGCAUGCCAGGAUAUCGUUUGGUGACCUCUGCUCCGGAAGUUGCUGAAAAUAUCAUCAUCGUCGUCGUCGUCGUUGUCGUCAUCGUCGUCGUCAUCAUCAUCAUCAUCAUCAUCAUCAUCAUCAUCAUAACAACAAUAUGUGGUGGUCGCUUGUAUAGCGCCUUAUCCUGGCCUGUGAACUUCUUAAAGCGCUUUACAAAUGACAGAAGGUGCAAAAGGUUAUGUGACGUCAAAAUAAGAUUAUGACAAAAUAAGAUGACGUCAAAAUAAGGUGAUGUCAAAACAAAAUAACGUCAAAAUAAGAUGGCUACAAAAUGGUGUUCAGAGAUCCUCCUGGUGAGCUCCACAUUUAUAAGGAGACGCUAGCGGAGGAAACAAGUGCACAGUUCUUCGUCCUUUUUCUUGUCCUUCAUUUCAUGAGGACCUUUUUCACACAUUUGUUUAUGUUGCUUCAGUUCUUCGAUAACAGUGGUAAUGAAAGAACGACAAAGCAACCGAUGCAAGUGCGGUUGGCACAAAAUAAACUUCGUUGAAAUAAUUUUUGAGGUGACUGCAAUAUCUUGAAUCAAGACGCAGAGUUAAGUAUUCUACACGAACUCUGUAUCUGUUAUCCUCAUUUCUAGAUCUCAUGGACAUUUCAAAACUUCGAAUUUGUUAUUCAUUUCACAAUGUUAUACAGGGCAUCGGGAAUAUAAUAAGAACUAUUUGAACAAUGCAAUCUCAUAUCAAAUCAUCAUACUCUUAUUUUGUUUACACCUCUCUCCCAAUUUCAAUCAUCACUAUUACUAAUUAUCACUUCAGUUUCAUGCUAUCAUCAUGUAUUAUUCUAUCAUUUCCUCUCUCUCAGUCUCUUUUUUUUCUCGUUCAUUGCAAUAAUUUAUCUCUUCAUUCACCGCCAUCAUUAGAUAUCUUCAAAUCAGUGUCACAUCUUCUAUCACAAUUGUUUUGAUCGAUGCAAUUAAUUACGACAGAUACACCACACCUGACAUUAUAAGUGUUUCAAUCCGCUGUCUAAUCAACAAAUCUUCAGAUUUUUAGGUUUAUUAUAGAAUUUUUUUCUUGAAGUCGUUGUGACGUGUCUCUAAAUCACACUGAACAACAUUUACAGAUUCGUGUAGACUGUGAAAUCAUCCAUAUUGAGCUGGAAUUAAAACUUUAAAACUUAAAA